GAGGUGCCGUGGCAUUGGCAUCCAUCAAUAUGCAUGCCUGUCUGCUCGACGUUUCCUGGAAACAAGGGGAGGAGAAGGAAGAGGAUCGGAGGGAGGGGAGAGAGUGAAGUCAGCCAUAGCCGAGCGACGCGAUUUGUCGAUCAGGAGUCUAUCUAGCUCCUUGACUUGGGACUGAUAUAUACAGAAUGCAUCUUAAUUCUCCGGCCAUCACCGCGCCGGCAGAGAUCCACAACAGUUCGCCUCUCCCACUCCGGUUCAGUACUCUCCUCUCUUAUCUCGACUCAAGUCCGGCCGAGAUCGUCUCCUCCCAACUGCAAACGACCAAGCCCGGAACACCACACCAAACGCAUUGAGGAGCACUAACUUCAUUAUUGCAGCUUGAUUGGAUCACCGCUUCUUCAUUGCAUUGUGAGUGGUAGACAGAGAGUCAUGUAGAGAUGAGCGAAACCCCGCCUCUUAUAUUUUUUUUAAUUUGUUCCUACAAAUCCCUCAAGAAAUCCCUUAUUAAAUAAGGUUGAGAGGACAACAGCGACCCACACAACCAGAAAAGUCUGCGACCGUCAAUGGCUCAAUGCAUUUUACUUUCCUCCGAGUCCUCUAUUGACUUGAAUUUUCCCCUCUUUUCCGGUCGGGGGGAUUAGGACGUGACUGACGAAUUCUUUGCAUUGGGAGACCAAUUCCUCGACACCCAUCUCUAUCACCAAUGCAUAACCCCUGUCGCUAGCUAGCUGUCCUCUCAAUAUAUUCUCAUAUCAUCUAACCGCUGCAGUUGUGUGUAAAACUUUCAUGCAGUUGUGCGUACAGUACAUUUUUGCUCCCUCAGGCCCCGUUCGUUUACGUCGGAUUGGUGGGUCGGAACGAUUCCUACCCGGAUUGUUUCUCUAAUUUAUACAAACUUUGAUUAGCUGGAACGGUUUCGGGUGCAAUCCGACGUAAACGAACAAGGCCUCAAUCGGUCCUAAUGGCGGCGGAGAUGGUCGGCUCCGUGGUUGCCCAGGAGACGGUGAGCCAGAUCCUCUCCGGCCUGGUUCAGAGGUACGCGGAAUCGAGCGACGCAACCCGAAACCUCGAGAGGCUAGAGAUGGCGCACAUCAGGCUGGAGGCCGCCCUGGACGCGUCCGACAGGUGGCAGAUCGCCGACGCGUCCCUGCUUCGCUGGCGCAAGAAGCUGAGGCGCGUCGCUCAGGAGUGCCACGACGUGCUGCACAGGUGCAGGCAGCAGCAAGGCGUGGCGCAAGCGCAAGCGCAAGAGCCGGCGACGCCGAGCUCCUCCCUCUCCCCCCUGGCCGCCCUGCCCACCCGCAUCGCGCGCGCGACCAAGUCGCUCAUCUUCUCCGCCUUCGUCGGCGACGCAGGCGCGCCGAGCAGGUCCACGGUGCAACGGUUCGAGUGGUUCGCGGACGGGGCCGGCGAGUUCCUGCGCUACGUGGAGGUCGGCGGCGGCGCGGCGCCGCGCUGCCACGUGCCGCUCAGACGGUCUCUCACCAGGCACCUCUUCGCGGGCAUGGAGCUGCUGCUGCAGCACAAGAUCGUCUGGGGAGGAGGCCGCGACGAGUGCCCGUCCUACCUGCUGUGGCUGGUCCCUUCCGUCACGCCCGACCACGGGAUCGAGGCCUGCCUCAAGUUCAUCCACAGGGACCACAGUGCGCCCGAGAACAACUUCUUUCUUGGCGCCAUGCUGCAGAUAUCGGAGAGCACGGACGUCGUCGGGACCGUGGUGAACUGCCUGCGGCUGUUCCCUCCGUGCUUCCAGCCGACGAUCGAGGCCAUCAAGAAGGAGCUCACCCAGCUCCCCACGCAGGACUUCUCGUGGGUGCCGUACGUCGAUCUGUGGCACAGGAAGCACUGGGACAACCUCCAUGGCUUCUGCACCCAGUGGUUCCGCCCGGACCCGUUGUGCUGCAAGAAGCAGCAGCACCAGCAGCAAGGUCCGAACGGUAGUAGUAGGCCUUCUUGGUGCAGCAGCGGUGACGACCCAGACAUGGUUGGGAUCCCGGAUGUUUCUCUGGAUUCGGUCAUUCUAAUGCACCUGGAGUGCCAAGUCUCGGUGCCCUCGGAGUACAACGGUGCUUACAGGUACAGCAAGCAGAAGGCCACCACGGCGUCGCCGCCGUAUCGACGACGAUGCAGCAGCAGAACUAGUCCGACUCCGACCACGCAGGACAGCGAGUACUCCCCAUGCCGCCGUCUGAAGGCCGGGCUCCUUUUCACGCCCCAUGGCUGUACGAAGCACAGGCUCCCCGAAGAGAAGAGCUCCGCGGUGGUCACGGUCUACGGCGAAGAGCAACGCUGCGUGCACACGGACAUUACCCUGGACCAGCUGAACGAGAUCAUGCUGCCAAAGGCGGCAGACUACUUCUACCGGAACCCCGAGGCGACGGCCUGCCAGAUGCUUUGGAAGUCUAGACAUGGGACCGAGUACAUCGAGUUCGAGAAGCCAAGGACGGAGGAGGAGGAGGAGGAACCGCCGUGUGCGAGGAGGGCGAUCUGUAGGGGAGGCAGUAGGAAGAGGAAGCUGCAGCUGCAGGUGCAGCAAGAUCAGGUGCAGGUGCUCGGGAGCUGGAACCGCAAGGUGGCUUGCUUCCUCAACUCGUGGGUUGCCCACGCGCCUGUCCGCCUGCGAGGUCUGAUCCUGGACUGGAUUCGGAGAGGCAAGGAAAGUCAGCUACCAGCGCCACCGCCGGUGCACCAGCUGGAAAUCUCAACCAUGUGACUACUUACAUAUUAGUUUGACCGUAAUAGGCUCCGGAUGGAGAUUAGAUAAUCAUCGGGUCUUUUUUUUUGUUGCUUUAUGUACUUUUCUUCAAAAUCCAUGAUCACACCAUGUAAACUUUGUCUUUUAUUGAUUUAACUAGUCAGAUGUAUGUGCACUACUACCGUUUUUUAUA